CUACUCUCUUUCACACACACAAACACACUCGCUUUCCAAGUUUAUUCUCCCAGAAAGAAAGAAAGAAAGAAGAACAUCACUUGGAAACCUCACAUUUCCAAAAUCUUCUUUUCUUUCUAGCCUAUAAUUUAAAAAUAAACUAUAUAUAUAAACAUUUAUAUUAUACUUUGUAAGUAUUUGUUUGUAGUUGUAGCUUAAUCCAAACGUCAAAGUACUGGUUUUAUUCUACUUUGCAACUUCUGCUUAAAUCUUAAGAAGCAUUUAUUCUAAUGCUAAUUCUUGCACCCAAAAAAAAGAGCUCAGUCUACAAAAAGCACUGGAGAUUGAUUAAACUAGUGUAACAUUUCUCAUAGACUUACAAAGUGAGGCCAACUGAAUAAUCUCAUGCAGAGGAAUUAACCGAUUGGUAGUGGAUUAUCUCGAGGUUCCAUUUCUUUUGUAAAUAUUAGAAAUAUGCCUUCAUGGUGGAGUAAGUCGUCAUCAAAAGAAACAAAGAAGAAAACGAGCAAAGAGAGUAUAAUUGACACUAUUCGAAAAUUUAGGAUCCCUUCUGAUAAGAAAUCAACUAACAGAUCAGGUGGUUCUCGAAGAGGUUGCAGUGACACAGUUUCAGAGCUUGGAUCUCUGUCCCGGGUCGAGUCCAGGUGCGUUUCACCUUCCAAAGAAUCCAAACUUGUGGCUAGAUGUCAAAGCUUUCAAGAAAGACCUCAGGCUCAACCGCUCCCUCUUCCACUUCUUCACCCUUCCCGUGUGGCCCGGACCGAGUCAGCAAUCAAUGUAUCAGGGAAACCGAGACAGGAAAAGGUGAAACCGUCAGCAUUUCUUCCACUCCCCCAUACUGGAUACUCGCGGACCAGGACAGAUGCUGCAGAUUUUGAUGGAGCAGAUUCUGUAUAUAGUGAAUGUUAUAGUGAUAGUGAUGAUCCGCCUGACUCUAGCCAGCUUAGCCCAUUGGCAUCGGACUAUGAUACAGGGAGUCGAACAACUGCUGGAAGCCCUUCCAAUAUGAUGGUAAAGGAUCUGUUGCCUGUCACUAAAAGUCAUUCAAGGGACGUCGCAAAACCGCAAGAUCAUCUUUUUGAUAACCAUAUAUCAUCUUCACCCACUAGAAGAAAACCAAUAGGCAGUCAUGUACCGAAUCUCCAGGUUCCAUACCAUGGUGCGAUUUUCAGUGCUCCAGACAGCUCGAUAUCCAGCCCUUCUAGAAGUCCACUACGAGCAUUUGGAACCGAGCAAGUUAUAAAUUCUGCUUUCUACGCUGCAAAACCCCAUACUGAUUUUCCUUUCCUUGGAUCCGGACACUGCUCGAGUCCUGGGUCCGGUCAGAAUUCGGGGCAUAAUUCUAUGGGAGGUGACAUGGCAGGGCUAUUUUGGCAACCCAGCAGGGGUAGCCCUGAGUAUUCUCCACUUCCCAGUCCCAGGAUGACAAGUCCGGGUCCUAGCUCAAGAAUCCAUAGUGGUGCAGUCACACCACUUCAUCCAAGAGCCGGAGGUGCGGCCAUUGAGUCACGUCCAGAAGAUGUAAAGCAAAAAAGUCACAGGUUGCCACUUCCUCCAGUCGCAAUUUCCAGCCCCUUACCUUUCUCUCAGUCAAAUUCAGCUGCAACAUCACCUUCUGUACCACGAAGUCCUGGGCGUUCCGAUAAUUUACCUAGCCCAGGCUCAAGAUGGAAAAAGGGGAAGCUGCUGGGUCGAGGCUCAUUUGGGCAUGUUUAUGUUGGUUUCAAUAGUGAUAGUGGCGAAAUGUGUGCUAUGAAGGAAGUUACAUUGUUCUCGGAUGAUGCAAAGUCAAAGGAAAGUGCAAAACAGUUGGGCCAAGAAGUUUCUUUAUUGAGCCGGUUAAGCCAUCCGAAUAUUGUGCGGUACUAUGGGUCUGAAAUGGUUGAUGACAAACUUUAUAUAUAUCUGGAAUAUGUAUCUGGUGGUUCAAUAUAUAAACUUCUUCAAGAUUAUGGACAAUUUGGUGAACUGGCAAUUCGAAGUUACACUCAACAGAUCUUGUCAGGGCUAGCAUAUCUGCAUGCUAAGAAUACUAUCCAUAGGGAUAUCAAAGGAGCAAAUAUUCUUGUUGACCCAAAUGGCCGAGUCAAGCUAGCAGAUUUUGGAAUGGCAAAGCAUAUCACAGGGCAGACAUGUCCAUUGUCAUUUAAAGGAAGUCCUUACUGGAUGGCACCUGAGAUAAUCAAAAAUAGCAAUGGUUCCAACCUUGCUGUUGACAUUUGGAGUCUCGGAUGUACAGUUCUUGAAAUGGCAACAACAAAACCACCUUGGAGCCAGUAUGAGGGGGUCGCUGCCUUGUUUAAGAUUGGAAACAGUAAAGAACUUCCUGUUAUUCCUGAUCAUCUCUCGGAGGAGGGGAAAGAUUUUGUAAGGCAAUGUCUACAGAGGAAUCCACUGCAUCGUCCUACGGCUGCUCAGUUGUUGGAUCAUUGCUUUGUAAAAAAUGCAGCUCCUUUAGAAAGGCCUGUAUCAUAUUCCGAAUCAUCUGAUCCACUUCCUGGCGUCACAAAUGGGGGAAUUGGACAUCCAAGAAAUCGGCAGGCGUUGGAUUCUGAUAGACUUGCUACCCAUUCGUUUAGAGUGCCAAAACCGGGCUUUUGUUCCAGUGAUGUUCAAAUCCCAAGGAAUAUAUCAUGCCCGGUUUCUCCAAUUGGAAGCCCUCUUUUACAUUCAAGAUCGCCACAACACCUCAAUGGAAGGUUAUCUCCAUCACCCAUAUGUAGCCCGCGAACCACUUCUGGCGCAUCCACUCCUCCAACCAAUAAUGGUUCUAAAAUCCCAUUUCAUCACGUUAACCAGUCAGUUUACCUGCACGAGAUCUCAAAACCUACCAACCUUUCUUACCGUGAUCCAGUCCCUGAUAUGUUCCGAGCCAAGCAGUCGGGAGCUCAUGGGUCUAGCCCUAGAAAGCAAUUUGGUGGGCUCACUCACGAACUUCACGGAGGACAAGGGGUCUUGGUUGACUCUGCAUCUAUCUACUCCAAAGGGACAAAGUGAAUUUCAAACCAUCAUUGGAUUUAAACCCCUUGUAAGAUGCACAUAUCAUUUCAUUCAUUCUAAAUGCAAAAUGCGGCUAAUAACAGGAAAAGAGACGUAAAGCGGCUCAAAAUCCUUGGCAUGUGAUCCUAUUUGAAGGUGGGUCUUGCAUAUAGUGUCUCAUUUUGCUUAUAUAUUGAGUUCUGCAACCAUCAUCAAGGACUUGACUGACCUUAAGUUGCAAAAAAGCGGUUUGUUAACUGGUAAUUUAUGGUGGUAAAAACAGCAUUUCACAUAUAGAAGAGUAGGAAUUAGGAGAAUAAAUAGUUACUUUUUUUUUUUCUUUCUUUGUUACAAGGGAAGCUGAAACUGUUGUACAUAAGAUGCAAAAUCAUUAAUCAGUUUGUGUUUC